AUGAGUCGCAGCGGCAGCACACUUACGAGUCGCAGCAGCAGCAGCAGCCUGGCGCGGUCCGACAGCGUGGGGUUCGGGCCGUCGCGGUUCGUCCUGCGGCAGCGGUACGAGGACAUCGGGUUGCGAUACCUGGUGCACAAGGAGCAGCUCGGCACGGGCGAGUACGGCGCCGUCCGGCCGUGCGUUGAGGCCGACUCCGGGCGGCUGCUGGCCUGCAAGACCAUCCGCAAGCAACAAAUUACGACGUACGAGGACGCUGAGGCGAUCCGCACGGAGGUGGCGUGUCUGUGGGAGGUGAGGGGCCAUGCUCACAUCAUCAGCCUGCACGACGCCGUGGAGGACGGCAAGCGCGUGCACCUCGUCAUGGAGCUCUGCAAGGGGGGCGAUCUCUUCCGCCGCGUCACCCAGCGCGGCACGCUCACUGAACGCAGCGCUGCCCGGGUUUGCCACGCUCUGGCGACGGCAGUGCUGCACUGUCACCGCCAUGGGAUCAUGCAUCGCGACAUCAAGCCAAAAAAUGUGCUUCUUCUAGACGAUUCCGACGAGCCCCACGUCAAACUGAGCGACUUUGGUGUCGCCACUUUUUUCGAGGACGGGGAUUCGUUGACUGAGUUUGCAGGAACCACGCAAUACAUCGCCCCUGAAGUGUGGAAGGGGCAAUACGGGCCUGAAGCUGACAUAUGGGGUCUUGGAGCCCUCCUGUACUUCUGCAUAGCCGGUGUGUCUCCUUAUCGGGCCCCAACGAAGCAACAGGUAGCAGAAGCAGUGUUGACUCAAGGGGUGGAUUUCAGCCUGGCGUGCUGGAGAAAAGUCACUCCAGAGAAGCUGUCUCGCUGCCUGACGGACGACGACACGCCUUUGCCAGACGACCACGGACAGGUGGACGACAGCCGGCCGUUAGCGCCGUCGUCAGCCACGCGGGAUCCCCUCGAAGGCGGUCAGCGCGCGCAGCCCGCUCGUCACGAUGACGUUUCAGACUCCGUCAGUGCUUCGCGGGACGUGUCGCGUGCAAAUGCCGCCAAUUCAGACGUGCCAGGAGUUGUCCAGCCAUCGCGAACAUCGCCAGCAUCGCACAAUAGAUCGCAAGAGCCGUCGGCUACAGCGUCGCAGCUGAACCAAAGGACUCUGCAAUCACCGACGCUGCGAAAGGAGGAACCCCGACGGCUGCAGCAGCAAUGGGAUUCCCUAGGCGCGAACGCGAUCGACAGAGCAUGUGAUUCUAUUGAUGACGCAGAGCCGUCUAAUGCGGAGGCCGCGCGGCGACGGCGGGAAUUGAGACUGCGGGUGGAUUCGGAGGGAUCGGACGACGACGCAGACGAUCUCCGAUCGCGCCGCUCCGAGCGAUUAGUUCCCGCCUAUUCGAAGCGGCAAGGCCACCAUGGCGCACGCAGCAUGCGCGCGGGGGGAAAACUUAAAUGUGGGGAGGAUUUAUGGCGGGGGAGGCAGGCACAGGAGGCGAUUCCGCGGGGGUUCACGUUCAAGGGCUACCUGGCGCAGCCCAUGGCAGCGCACGCGGUGGCCGCCCCGUCUGACCCGCCGAGCGAGCGCGAGGCGGCGCAGGCGCGGCCGUUCAACGUGCAGGUGCAGGUGUUCCGGCGGGUGGUGAGCGUGAUGCGGCGCGUGCGCAUCCCCGUGAUCCACCCCUACUCGCGCUUCCGCCGCGACGUCAACCUCCUCAUCGCCCUCUGCAUCACCUACAACGUCGUCAGUCCCCGCCCGUCUCUCCCGCACGAGUUUUUCUGCACAGGAUAUCCUGGACAGAGCUGGGAGGUGUUCUUCCAGGUGGCGUUCAACCUGCGCGCGCAGGGCGCGUGGCAGAAGGGGACGCGUGCCUCUCCGCCGUCUACCUCGCUGACGUACGUGACGAAGGAGAAGCACGUGGUGAUGGACGACGGCAUGAAGGUGCUCAAGCCACAGCAGAUCGUCAUGGAUCAGGCGUUCCGGCUGCUGAAGCUGUUCCGAGUGCACCGGCUGGGCGUGGCAGCGAAGCAGCUGAGGCGCGCCUCCGUGAACACCAACUACAUGGACGUCGCCAUCCUGCUCUUCCAGUUACCAGCUGCUGCUUGGGUGCCAGUGAGCAAUCGCCUUCACCAGGGUCACUUCUUCUCCUCUUCCGCACUCUCCCUCUGCCUCCCCAUCCCCCCCCCUCAGAUCUGCAUGCUCUGCCACAUAGGCGCUUGCAUCUUCGUGCUGAUUGGCCGGCUAGAGUUGCCGGACGACUCAUGGCUGGCGGCCACCUAUUGGAGCGAGGCUGGUGUGGCGCAGACGCUGGAGUCAGCACCUGCUGGCGUGGUCUACGUGGCGGCUAUUUAUUGGUCCAUGGUCACAUUUGCUGGGGUUGGGUACGGGGACAUCCACCCAAUGAACACGCUAGCAGAGCGCCUGUUCGCAACAGUGUACAUACUGCUGACAGCCGUCAUGCUGGGGUACACCAUUGGCGAGCUCUCCUCCAUGGUCUAUGCCCGCCGCAUGCAGCGCGAAUCCAUGCGCCAACGCAUGACCACCCUCCACAGGUGCGCGCAUGGCCGCCCUGCCCUGCACAAGUGCUGCUUCCUUCCCAGCCAUCGCAACUUGAUUCUCUGCACUUCACUCGCCCUCACUCCUCGCUCGCCCCCUGUGUUCCCUGUUCCCUGCAUCCGUGCCCCCCCUCGGGUGCAUGCAUGUGAGCAGGUUCAUCGAGAGGGAGCGCCUGCCAGAGUGGCUCGCCAACCGCAUGGUGCGCUCACCUGCCCUCUGCCCCCUCAUUCCCACUGCCUCUGUCACAAGCUGUACUAUAAGACUGCUGCUUGCUCCUUGCCUCUCGCCCUGCCUCUGCUGGUUAUGAUCUCUCCUGCUGCUUACUGCCUCUCCACUGCACGGCACCUGCCUAUUCAUUGCUCCAUCUGUGUGCCGUGCCUCUGCCACCCGUUGCCAUGGCUCCUCCCUCUGCCAGAUGGCGACGAUCUGCGCACGGACCUCUUUGUGCACUGGUGGACGCAACACGUGCCAUCCAGGUCCGCUCCCUCCGCUGCUGCCAUGUCCUCCUCCUCCUCCUGCUCCAUCUAUCCCUUGCCACCUUCCCCGUCUCUCCACCUCCUUCCACGUACCACCCUUCCGCACUCCGUUCACUGCCACACCUUUUCACCUCCUCCGCACACAUCACAUCCUCAUGCAUCCCCACUUCCACCCUUCCUCCUCCCCCUGUAUCCCCACAGCCCCUUCUUCCCGCACGAGCAGCAGUGCCUGGCAACCCUGCAGCGCGUGCUGGUGCCGCACGCGGUGGCAGCGGGGGACGUGGUGGUGCGUGAGGGCGAGGUCAGCCGCCACCUCUACGUGGUGCGCGCCGGCACACUCGAGAUGUCGUGGGCUUUGCACGGGGCCGACACUCUCGUGGAGGCUGCCACUGCGCUGCCAGGCAAACCCAUGCUGGGCAGUGAGGGCAUGAAGCUGGCGAGGGCAGUGAGCAUGAGGCGGUGUCGCGUGCGCUCCAUGCAGCGCCAGGCCAGCCGCUCCUCCCAUGCCAGCCCCACACUGCCACCACUCGGCUCCACACCCGCCGCCACUGCUGUUCACAUGCCCAACCCCAUGCCAGCCUCGCAUGGGAAAGACAGCAGCAAUGGCAUGGAUGAUGCAGGCGACAUGCAUGGUGCUGAUGCCUCACCUGUUCAUGCGCAUGCAUGUGACCCGCGCCACGGCGACCAUGGCGAGAGCCCUGCCAUGGUUGGGUGCUCACCGUGUGUGCGGCGCCCACGUGUGUACGACUCAUCGCUCUGCACCAUUCCCAGCAGCAGCCUCAUGCACAGCGACUCAUGCGGGUCAGGGUCCCCGUUGCCUAGCGACAGCAUUGAGCCGCUGCGGGAGGGCGCGGAGGACGGAUGUGAGGACGGGGCAGGGCAGAGGGGUGCGAGGGGCACAGUGCCGCGGGUGCACAGCACAGCGGCAUCGCAUGAGAGCCAUGGGUCGGUGCGGCAUGAGAGCCACCUGCUGGGGCAGGCAGCGUUUGAGAGCAGGACGGUGGGUGUGGGCCAUGUGGUGGGGCUGGAGGGGCUCUCUGAGGUGCUCGAACUGCAGACCGGUGAACCCUCGUGGCUCGAGCAACGCGUCCCCUUCCUCUUCAUGGAAGGAACCUUCCAGGCGAAGACAGAGUGCGAGUUGCUGCUGCUGCUAAUCGACGACCUCUUUGAGACACUUGAGAGUUUCCCCGAGCUGCUAACAGCGUUGCGCCUGAGCCUGGGCCUACCGCUAACGGAGCAGGAGCAGCUGCUGCGGUAUCGCAAGGCGCUCAGCUCGCGCAGGAUGAGCACAUCCACACAUCAAGUCAAGCCUAACCGCAAAUAA